AUGGGUGCCAAAGCCAGCAGCCUCGCCUCCCAGACUGCACAACUGAGAGGCCGCUUCGCCCACGUGGCGGGCCUGUCGGCCUGUACUCCCUGCCCAGCAGGCUCCACCUCAGUGGCCGGCAGCCAGGUUUGCCAGCUGUGCCCCGGCGGCCGCUUCGCAGAGGCGGGCAGCAACGAGUGCCUUCACUGCCCGGUGGGCCGGGCGGCGGCGCUUGGCAGGAGCAACUGCUCUUUCUGCCCGCCGGGGCGGUUCAGCAGCGCGUUUAGCCUGGAGUGCCAGGACUGCCCGGUGGGCUCCUCCCAAGCUGCCUGGGGCCAGUCCAAGUGCUUGCAGGAUGGCGUAGGACAGCAGAGCCUUCUUGCCGGCACGGCGCAGCCUGAGAAUGCGCCGGGCUACUACGCAGUGUGGGACGAAGAUGACUUCAUCGGCAUGGAAGCUUGCAGCCUUCGUCCAGCGGCGUGCUUGGCGCAGGGCCGCUGCGCGGAGGGCGCUUCAGGGCGGCACUGUUUCGCCUGCCUCGAGGGUAGCAGCAGUACGUCCUGCUACCAGUGUCAGGACCGAUCGGUGUAUGUGAUCAUCGGAUUGCUGGUGGCCCUGCUGUGUGUGGCGUUCUACACCGCUUUGGCCGCGGUCCUGACACUGACGGCAGCUUCUGCACAGCAGCCCCACAUGGAGCUCCUGAAGUUGCUGCUGAACCACUGCGCCGCCGCCAGCGUGCUCCUGUCUUGCUUCUUCCGCGCAGUGGCCGCAAAGGGCAAGACUGAGCCAACGCUGCAGUGGGUGGUGAGCUACCUGAUGGUCACCGAUGGGACGCCUCCAUCGGAGAACUGGUUCCUCUCAUUGCCGUGCUUAUUUCAGCCGUCCCGCACGCAGGAGACAGCCGCCGCUUUUGCGCGUUUGGCCGCCGCCUCUCACAAGGAGUACCAGUCCCUUGCUUUGGCAGAGGAUCGCGCGCUGCUGGCAGGGUACCAAGAGAGCGCGGAGCUUCGCUUGCUGCUCUGCUGGUUUUUGGUGCCGCUGCUGGGCGCAUGGCUGCCCUGUCUCGUGCUGCUGCUCAAGCUGCGCUGGCGCCUGGCCAGAUGUCGUCAAUGGGCUUCGGCCAUGGAGUUCUUCACCAAGGUCUACUUCUUCGGGUGGGAGGACUCACUGGACCCACGGCAGGCGGAGAUGACGGAGAUCUUCAAUGAGAGGAUCUGGGGCUUUUGCUGGCCAUUGAUGCACGCGGAAUCCAUGGGAGCCAGAGCGCGGAAGAAGAAUCCGCGCGGCUGCUUGAUGAGUUGCGGCUGCUUCCUGCUGGCGCCUUUGUCGCUGCCCUGGCUACUGAUCAAAUGGCUGCUGCAGCUUCACCGGCGCCGCUUCCUCACGGAGACCGCGCCGCUGCGCUCGGCGAUGCUGUACUGCCUCGGGUUCGCGGCGGCACGGCGCUGCGCCCGGGGGAUCAUUUGCGUGCAGUCGGGCUCCACGUGGGUGCUCUACCACAGCGGUGCGGUGCAGUGCACCGCCCAGCGUCCUUUGCACUACUUGGCGCUGGCUGGGGGCUUGACCUGGGUGCUUUGGCCGCUGGCCUGCUCGUGCGUGAUGUGGUACCAGCGCCCCCGCAUGGAGCGCGAGGCCUUCGCCAGGCGCUAUGCAGUCAUGCUGCUGGGCUACAACUACACCCGCUGGUGGUGGGAGGCGAUGAUCUCGGCCCGCAAGCUCCUGCUGAUCUCGGCAGAGGUGGUGCCGCUUGAGCAUUACCAGCGCUUCUUGCUAAUCGCCUGCGUUUUGAUCCUGUCGCUGCUGGGCCACGUGGUGCUGAAGCCCUCAGACCGGCGCUGGUAUGGCCUCCUGAACAACUUGGAGAUCUGCCAGCUCCUGGUACUCUUGCUGCUCAGCUUCCUCUAUGUCAUGGCGCUCGAGCUUUGGCUGAGCACCGUGCUGGUGGUGAUCUUGUCAGUGCUGCUGCACGGGGCCUACCUGGCACAGCUGGCCUUCUGCUUCUGCCGCGCCGCCGUGCUGGAUAUGCAUAUCGAGCACCCCAAGCUCGAUGACCCCAAGCCAGGCUACCGAGGCCGCCUGGUGCGGUGGCUCAUCGGCUUUAAGAAGCGGCAAGAGUGCGCCCAGCCAUACAUCGCCUACGACAACGUGCAUCGCUUCGUCUCGGUGCUGGGGAAGGGCGGCAACGUGGCGGCGGUGCCCCACUUGACCUCCGGCAGCGAGCUCCUGCGGGCGGGCUACGACAACGUGCGCUGCAAGCUCUCUGAGGUGCCGGCGAUGCUGAAGGCCAAGCCCGCGAGGGGCACCUUGAAGCGGAGGGGGAGUCAGCAGGAGAAGCUGGAGCGGGUGCUUCAAGAGGCCUCCACCUCGGUGCCUUUGCAGGUGCGGCGCCAGGCGGCCAGGCACCUGCUCUUCACGGUGGGAUGGGUGGCCAAGAAGCGCAGCACCUUCAGCAGCUCUUUGCUGGACUUUGUGGUGCGCGCCGUCUUCAUGCUAGCUGAUGACAGCCGAGAAUCUCCUGAGGAUGGCCCGCAGGAGGUGGACAAGUACGCAAUCCAGCAGGCGAAUCGCCAGCGGGACUUGCUGGUGAUCGCAAACAUGGCCAAGGAAUCUGGGGCCGCACUUCCUCCCGGAAUUGCGGGACGAGCUGGACAAGGAAGGCGGCUACAGCGGCAAACUCCGAUUGCAGAACCAGGUUGA